AUGUUAAAUCUCCAAAAGGCGUUCGAUACAGUGGAUCGUGAGAUUCUGUUCAUCGAACUAAGAGCCAUGGGCUUUAACAACUUAUCAGUGAAAAUUGGGUUGACCCAUUUUGCAUAUCCCACCGUACCCCACCGUACCCCACCAUACCCCACUGAACACCACCGUACCCCACCGUACCCCACCAUACCCCACCGAACACCACCGUACCCCACCGUACCCCACCGUACCCCACCAUACCCCACCGAACACCACCGUACCCCACCGAACACCACCGUACCCCACCGUACCCCACCAUACCCCACCGAACACCACCGUACCCCACCGAACACCACCGUACCCCACCGAACACCACCGUACCCCACCGAACACCACCGUACCCCACCAUACCCCACCGAACGCCACCGUACCCCACCGUACCCCACCGUACCCCACCGAACCCCACCGUACCCCACCGUACCCCACCGUACCCCACCGAACACCACAGUACCCCACCGUACCCCACCGAACCCCACCCUACCCCACCGUACCCCACCGAACCCCACCAUACCCCACCGAAACACACCAUACCCCACCGAAACACACCAUACCCCACCAUACCCCACCGUACCCCACCGAACACCACCAUACCCCACCCUACCCCCCCGAACCCCACCGUACCCCACCGAAACACACCAUACCCCACCAUACCCCACCGUACCCCACCGAAACACACCAUACCCCACCGAACCCCACCGUAUCCCACCGAACCCCACCGAAACACACCAUACCCCACCAUACCCCACCGUACCCCACCAUACCCCACCGAACCCCACCAUACCCCACUGUACCCCACCAUACCCCACCGUACCCCACCCUACCGUACCCCACCGAACCCCACCGAACCCCACCGAACCCCACCGUACCCCAGCAUACCCCACCGUACCCCACCGAACCCCACCCCACCCCACCGUACCCCACCGAACCCCACCGUACCCCACCGAAACACACCAUACCCCACCGUACCCCACCGAACCCCACCGUACCCCACCGAAACCCACCAUACCCCACCAUACCCCACCGAACCCCACCAUACCCCACCGAAACACACCAUACCCCACCGAACCCCACCGUACCCCAACGAACCCCACCAUACCCCACCGUAUCCCACCCUACCCCAAUGUACCCCACCGUACCCCACCCAACCGUACCCCACCCUACCCCACCGUAUCCCACACUACCCCAAUGCACCCCACCUUACCCCAACUUACCCCACCGUAUCCCACCGAACCCCACCGUACCCCACCGAAUCCCACCGUACCCCACCGAAUCCCACCAUACCCCACCGAAUCCCACCGUACCCCACCGAACCCCACCGUACCCCAAUGUACCCCACCGUACCCCACCCUAUCGUACCCCACCCUACCCCACCGUAUCCCACCCUACCCCAAUGUACCCCACCGUACCCCACCCUACCCCCACCGUACCCCACCCUACCCCACCACCCCAACUUACCCCACCCUACCCCAACUUACACCACCGUACCCCACCCUACCCCACCCCACCGUAUCCCACCCUACCCCAAUGUACCCCACCGUACCCCACCCUACCCUUCAUCACUGGAAAAGAUAA